AUGCACAUGUAUGUAUGUAUGUAUGUAUGUAUAUGUACAUGUAUGUAGUAUAUAUGUAUAUAUGUAUAUAUUAUGUAUGUAUGUGCAUAGGUAUGUAUGUAUAUGCGUAUCCAUGUAUGUAUGUAUAUAUGUAUGUAUGUAUGUAUGUAUGUAUGUAUGUAUGUAUGUAUGUAUGUAUGUAUGUGUAUAUGUAUGUAGUAUGUAUAUAUGUGUAUAUAUAUAUGUUAUGUAUGUAUGUGUAUAGGUAUGUAUGUAUAUGCGUAUCUAUGUAUGUAUGUGUAUAUGUAUGUAUGUAUGUGUGCAUGUAUAUAUGUAUGCAUGUGUGCAUGUAUAUAUGUAUGCAUGUGUGCAUGUGUGUAUGUAUGUAUGUAUAUAUAUAUGUGUAUGUAUGUACACAUAUAUACAUGUAUGCAUGUAUGUAUUUAUGCAUAUAUGCAUGUAUAUGUAUGUGUAUGUUUAUAUGUAUAUAUACAUAUAUAUAUAUAUAUAUAUAUAUAUGUAUGUAUACAUGGAUGAAUGUAUAUAUGUAUGUAUAUGUUUAUGCAUGUUGUAUAUAUAUAUGUAUAUUGUUGCAUAUACAUAUGUGUAUGUGAGUGCAUGUGUAUGUAUAUAUCUGCAAAUAUGUAUACGUAUGUAUGUGUGUAUGUGUAUAUGCUAAUUGUUAAUAAUUAAAAAUAUUUCUUUCAGAUUUUUUUUUACAUAAAUUCAUUGUAAAAUUUCUUCUUUCUAUUUGUUUACCUGUUCAAAUACCUUGAAAAUUGUCAAGUCAAAAACAAAAAAAAAAAAAAAAAAAGACUCACAAAAGCAAUAUUUUUUAAAAAAAAGGAAGAAAAAAGAAAAAAAAGAAACGGAAGAAGGAUAUAUGCAAAUUAAAAAAAAAAAUUAAAAGAAUUUUACAAAAAAAAAAAAAAUACAAUAACAAAUGGAAAAAUUUUGGUGACGAAAUAAAAUUUGACAACAGAAAAAAAAGUGAAGAAAAAAAAGAAAAGGAAGAGGAAAAGUGAGAACGUACAAUUUAAUUGAAAUAAAAUUCUUAUCUGUCAUUUUCAAUC